AUGUCUGAGACAUUGGCUAACCCUUUUACCCUUCUGUUCGCAGGCUCAGGACAAGGCAUUGGCGCAGAAGCAGCACGACUGUUCGCCAACGAGGGCGCGAAGGUCGUGGUGUCGGACAUUGAUGCUGCCAAAGCAAAGUCCGUCGCCGACAGCAUCAACGAGGCCGGCGGCCAGGCCAUCGCUGUACCCGGUGACAUGCUCGACGACAAGUACCUCGAAUCGCUAGUCAAGAAAGCCGCGGAGUUUGGCAACGGCAAGCUGCACAUCAUCGUAAACAAUGCGGGAUACACCUGGGACGGCGUGAUACACAAGACUACGGACAAGCAAUGGGAUACCAUCGUGGCACUGCACAACACACAGCCCUUUAAGCUGGUUCGCGCCGCCGCGCCAUACUUCCGCGUGAAGGACGGUGAACCGAGGAACGUGGUCAACAUCUCAUCUACUUCUGGUCUUCACGGCAACGCCGGACAAGCCAACUACGCUCUGGCCAAGGCUGGCGUGACGGGUCUCACCAAGACGAUCGCAAAGGAGUGGGGCCCGUCUUUCGGCGUGCGCGCAAACACUGUUGCGUUUGGCCACAUCAUGACACGAUUGACGGCGGCCAAGGAGGAGGGCGGAUAUGUCACUCUGCCGGAUGGCGAGAGGGUGGCAUUGGGCAUCCCUCAGGCGCAGAAGGCGGCCAGGGAGGACGGUUCGGCAGCGUACAAGGACAUCCCACUUGGCCGGCCGGGGACGGCGACUGAGGCCGCCAGUGCGAUUCUGAGUAUCGUCAGCCCGUUGAUGAGCUAUGUUUCCGGACAGACACUGAGUGUUACGGGAGGAAGGAAUAUGUAG